AUGAAAUGGCUAGACGAUCAAUUCGAUCAGUUUGCAGCCCUGGUGGGAGUAUCAGUGAGUGUUUCACGACCCGGCGCUGCUGCAGCCCGGCGCCGGCCGUCCACUGACUCCGCAAAACUCGCGUCAAAUGGGGCAUGCAUUCACACAGGGUGAUCAAAUCAAGCUCAUCACACUGAUUGUGGCAGCCGUGCCAUUGUCCCUCGUAUUCCCUCAUCUGCCCUCGUCGACGGUCUCGGUGUUGCCGCACCUGUAUGCAGCGCUGCCGAGCGUCGUGUACCUCUGCUUCGUGCUGCACCUUCGUCGCGGCUUUCUCGAGCUCGUGCUCAGCUCGUUAGUGGCAUGGACGAUCGUCAAGGUAGCCGUCGCCACAAAGAGGAAAGAUCGACUGGCCCCUUGGCUCGUCUUUGUGGUCGUGAUGGGACAUCUCGCGGUCAAGUGAGUGCUCUGCUUCUCGAACGUGUGGGGGCGGCAGCGAUCGAAGGAGAGAAGGGUCCUGCAGCCGACCUCAAGACUUUCUAUGGAGCAUGCAAAGGACAGCUGCUGUUUCCAUUUGAAUUGGCUCAUGCGGUAGCAUAUCGCUGCUAUGGCUGCCGACACCCCCUCGCUGUGCUCGGCCAAACUGCGCUGGAAGCGAGGAGAUGAGGUCAUCCGUGUGCUCGCUCCAGUGCCCAGCGACUUUGCUUGACCCGCCGCAGUACCCGGCAGCUGACUCAAUCUGCGGGUUAUUUUCGGCAUGCAGUCAUGUGAUACGACAUUUCGAAAAGACCGGACCCGAGACGAUCGAGAUCACCGGGUCGCAAAUGGUCUUGUGCAUGAAGUUGAUCUCGUUCGCCUGGUCCGUCCACGAUGGCCAGCAACCAAUCGAGGAGCUCGAUGCGACCCAGCGCGCCUCGAGGAUCGUCGAGGUACCAGGUCUGAUACCGUUCUUGGGAUAUGCGUAGGUUGUAAAUGUGUGCCCGCGAGAGCCUGCGCCGAAUACUCAUUGAUUUUACUUCACCCCCCCGGUCUGCACGCAGAUUGUUCUUUCCUUCGAUCCUGGCUGGCCCUUCAUUCACGUUCGCUUCGUAUACAGCAUGGACUUCUCACGCCCUUUAUCUCAAGGAAACCGGGCUACGAGAAGGCGCUGCAUCCUCGACGACUCGGUCACGCGAUCUCAUAGCGGAUGGUCGCCGAAGGAAGGCAGCGAAACGGUUCAUCACGGGAGUCGUCUAUCUGGGUAUCUUUUCCAAGUACAGCUAUACGUACGACUAUCAGCGCAUGCUCGAGCCGCUAGUACGAGUCUUGCCGUUGUGGAAGAGGUGAGAGCAAGUCAUGCGACAGCACCUUGUGCGUCUAUUGAUCUCCUCUUCGGCAAUUUUGAUCUUCCGCGCAGGGUCGGUUUCAUGCAGAUCGCUGGUUUCGUCGCUCGGACAAAGUACUACGGCGUGUGGUGCAUCGCUGAAUCUGCCUUCAUUAUUUCGGGACUCGGCUACAACCCUCGCACCAAGCAUUAUGACGCCUCUCGGAACGUUCGCAUCCGCUCGAUCGAGUUUGCGCCAAACUUCAAAAUCCUGCUCGAUUCUUGGAACAUGAACACCAACGUCUGGCUGCGCGAGUGCAUCUACAAGCGAGUGACGUCUAAGGGCCGCAAACCGGGCUUCGUAUCGACACAAAUCACGUUCAUCACGUCGGCGUUGUGGCAUGGGGUGAACCCGUGCUACCUGAUGACGUUCGUACUCGGGGGGCUGUUGCAAUCGACGGGCAGGUCGAUGCGAUCGCUUGUGCGACCCUUCUUCCUCCCACCGGGUGCCGUCACGCUCUCCCGCUCUUCCGCUCCGUCCAGGAAUACUUCAACGGCUUCCGUCGACACCACGACUCCGCCUGUGACUGAGCCCGAGAAGCCCGCCCCGCCCAAGCUCGCCGCUCCUCCACAGACACCUCUGAAAUGGAUGUACGACAUCGCUGGCAUCAUCAUGACGCAGCUUUCCCUCAACUUUGCCGUCGCUCCAUUCAUGCUGUUGACGGUCCAUGGCUCGUUCGCGGUAUGGCAUAGCGUGCGCUACUAUGGGAUCCUGAUCGUUCUGAUCCCGGCGAUCGCUCUGCGACUCGGCCUCGCGAAGACGCUGAAGCAAAAACUGAAGGCGAGGAAUGCAGCGGCCGAGAAGAUGAACGAUGCGGAAGAGAAGAAGAGGCUGGAGUGGGAACGUGAGGUGGAGCGCAAGCGGAUGCGGAGGGGCGUUGGGGUGGCGAGUCUUGCGCCGGACGUCGAGGAGCUUUUACUCGAGGAGGAACGCGAGGAGGCACGCUCGGCCAAGGAUAGCACGAAAUCACACUAA